CAUGGCUCUUACGGGGAAUGAGACCUCAGCUUGCCCCGAUUAUGUCCCCCAUUACCUCCUGGCGGGUGAUCCCUUCGCCUCCAAGCUGUCUAAGGAGGCUGACAUAGUGGCUGCCUUCUACAUCUGCAUCAUAGGGAUCAUGUCUGCCACAGGAAAUGGCUAUGUUAUAUACAUGACCAUCAAACGCAAGACAAAGCUAAGGCCACCUGAGCUUAUGACAGUUAACUUAGCCAUCUUUGACUUUGGCAUAUCAGUCACAGGGAAACCGUUCUUUGUGGCAUCUAGUUUCUCCCACCGCUGGCUGUUUGGCUGGGAGGGCUGUCGUUUCUAUGGCUGGGCUGGCUUCUUCUUCGGUGUUGGCAGCCUCAUCACUAUGACCGUAGUUAGCCUAGACCGAUACCUCAAGAUCUGUCAUCUCAGAUACGGUACGUGGCUGAUGAGGCACCAUGCCUUCCUGUGUCUGGUGUUGGUGUGGCUCUACUCAGGCUUUUGGGCCACCAUGCCCCUGGUGGGCUGGGGCGGCUACGCUCCAGAGCCGUUUGGCACCUCCUGUACCCUGGACUGGUGGCAGGCCCAGACCUCCGUGGCAGGUCAGAGCUUCGUCAUGGCCAUCCUCUUCUUCUGCCUUAUCUUCCCUACCGGCAUCAUCGUCUUCUCCUAUGUCAUGAUCAUCUUCAAGGUCAACUCCUCAGCGAAAGAGAUAUCCCACUUUGACACCAGGAACAAGAACAACCAUAGCCUGGAGAUGAAACUGACCAAGGUGGCGAUGUUGAUCUGUGCUGGUUUCUUAAUAGCGUGGAUUCCGUAUGCAGUGGUCUCAGUGGUGUCUGCGUUUGGCGAGCCCGACUCAGUGCCUAUCUCUGUCUCUGUGAUCCCCACUCUGCUGGCUAAGUCCUCUGCCAUGUACAACCCCAUCAUCUACCAAGUUAUUGACCUGAAACACUCCUGUGCAAAAUCAUCCUGUUUCCAAGUCCUGAAGAAGCGCAGACAUUUUCAAAAGUCAAGGUUUUACACCAUUUCUGGCUCGCUUAAAGACAGACCAUCCGUAAACGAGUCUCACAGUGAAAUGUGAGAAAAAAAAAAGUGAUACACUCCUGUGAUAUGACUCUUGGCCUUUCCCCUCACCAGUCCAAUCACAACCCUGCUAUCAACUGCUAAGACAUUGACCACCGCUCACCACCCAGACCUACGUAACCCAGCCUUGCUGUAUCUAUGUUCCUGCUCCAAACAGCUCUCUGUACUCUCCUACCUCAUGUCCCUCUCUGUGUUUAUAGUUCAAGGUUGGCGUCAAGAUGGGUUUUUUACACUUUUUACAGAUAUUGUGUACUCUUGCACCUGUCACCUGUUUAAAGACAUUUAAACCUUUGUGUGCACCUGUAAGAUCUAAAGUGCUGUUGAUAUACUCUAAAGAAAGCUGGAGAGACUGUGGUGUUGGUGUCGGGGUUUAGUGUUAUCCCCUGCUUCAGGCAGGUGUGACUAUAGCAGCACUUUUCAUCAACAAUCGAAGUCAUCAUAUGAUUCUUACUGUCCCUGGAUACAUGUUCACAGACGUCGUUGAAAAUGAAAUAAAAUUUUAGCUCAUAUACAAACUGCAAGGUCCAUUGCAACGUAACAGCCAGUGCAUGUAGUAGCUGGACCAAAUAAUCAAGGCAAACAGCACAACAAUGUCUGUUAAAGUAGGGGCUAUGUCUUACAGCACUAUGUUCCUGUCAUUGUUAACCAUUCUGUAUGCGCUGAUGUCAGUCUUUACAUC